UUAACCCCGUACGUGCUCUGCUGGCUGUAUACUCUAAGCUGUUUGUUCCUACUUCUAUAAAAAGGCUUGACUACAGAAAUAAACUUGUCAGUCCAUGUAAGAGACUGUCCGAGUGUCCUUCUUUCAGGUUCGUUGCUUCCAAGUCCCAGGGAGAAAAUCCCCAACAAGUGGCGCCACGAACAGGGACUUGAAAUGAAGGCUGAACAAAGCGACGAGCCCCUGCAGAAAGAGAUGGAGAGGAAAUCUGGGUUCCCCUUCGCCAUGUCUGUUACCGAGAGGGACCCCAAGACUGGACUCCUUGGGGAAGUGACGAAGUUGACCCGAAGGGUCUCGUCAAUGACCCUGGAGGAGCCAAUGAGGAAACACCAUUGUCUGAAUCCUUACCCGACAUGGGCUCAAGUGAAAAACAUGACUCAUCAGGCUGAGCAGACACUGAAGAGUAUUGGAACUCCUAUGACUCCAGAUAAGCUGUUUCUGGCAAUGUUAGCUGUUCUUUCCUGUUCCUCUGGGGUAAGUGCAGAAUAUGUUUAUUGGGCAUACAUACCCAACCCCCCGCUUCUCUCCAUAGUGGAUUGGGUAGAUGAAGCCCCUAUGAUCUUUACUAAUGACAGCAUGCAUUUUCCAAGUCCCUGGUCCACAAAGUGACCAAUUCAUGAAGAAGAUGAGGGAAAGCCAAUCAACAUUUCUGUGGGAUUCAAAACCUUGCCUAUCUGUUUCAGAUCGCAUCCCCCUUGCAUGACUAUCUUCCCACAGUGGUGGGCAUAUUCUGCCAACAAUGGGACUGUUUUGCAUCUGAGAAUGUUUGCUAUGGCAUCUUUCUUAUUUAAUGGCUCUGAGCGACAUUAUCUAGGGCAGAUAGCCAACUAUUAGAACUCGCUUUUUCAACCAGAGGAAACUUCAUGUAGUACUGUAUCUUGGAGAAGAAAACAGGAGAUACAACCGUUACAUUGGUCUGAUUGUUGAGGCCAAUUUGGGAAAGUUUCUAUAAUUCAGCUAAAUCAUACUAAUCAUACAUUUAAAUUUGUUGACUGGGGACCUCAAGGUUUGUUUGUAAACUGUUCUGAAGAGCAGGAGGAACAUCAUAAUUGCUCCUGGUUUAAUAGAUCAAGCAUUGGAGGCUUUCAUAAAUCUAAGACAAGUUUCUGGACUGAUAAGGGCACAUUGCUGAGUUGGUAUAACGGGGGCUUAUCACCCCCACGACCCAGGAUUGUCAUCCCCAUUGUGGGGCCAGAGAAAUGGCACAUUUGGAAAAUUCCAGCAACCUUAGAGCACUUCACUAGUGUUUAUGGGACUGAGGGUGUGUUUCGUCCUUCUAAUUAUACCUUCCUAUACAAUAGUACUGGUUA